AUGAGUCUCUUGCAGGCCCUCGGUGCCCUUGUUUCGGCAGCCCCUUUCCCCACCGUGACUCCCUCAGCCGCCUCUCAAGAGUCCCGCCACCAUCCACGUAAUCAGUGUGGUGCGCUGGAUACAGACAGCGCCUCCGUCUCACCGGCGUCUGCACACGGCAUUGAUUGCCUCUUUGCGGAAGAUAACGGCGGCGCCGUCGUCCCCCUCGGUGCUGCUUCGCCUCCGCCAGCCUUUCUCGAUGGCGGUCUUCAAAAGCUUCGUCUUUUGCUCGCCGCACGAAACGGAACACUGCAGUACGAGCUUUACCAGCAAGACGCACAGUGGGCGGCGCUGUUGCGGUCGACAUCGCCGAGCACGGCGAACCUGCGCAAGAGGACGUCGCACAGCAUUCCUCGGGAAUCCACCGCCGCUCCAUUAAAAGACGAUGGACUGGUCCUGGAGGACAACAAGGCGUCUUCCUUCGCCGCCGUACUUCAACACCGGCAGCUGGAUGCGCUGAGCCCCGUCGCGGCGUGUCCGCUGCGGUGCCAGAUGUGUCCGGCAUUUUCUACCCCGCUGCUGCAGCGCGUCGAUGCGCUGAGCUACGGCCCGCUGCAGCCAACCUCGACCACGAACACCACCGCCGCCGGUGCUGCGUCUUCCGCAGCGGACGGAUGGAUGAUGGAGCGGGAGGGGAACAGGUCGAGUGAGGAAGAAGGCGAAGACGGCGAAGAGGACGACGAGGACGACACCACCGCGACAGGUUCUCCGAAUACGGACAUGGAGAGCAGUGGAACGCGCGACCGACCGAUGUGCGCGCUUCUGUUACGCGCGGAUACGGCAAUUGAAGGCGCCCCCGACGCGUGGCACGCGUACUGGUGUGGCGCAACGGUCGUCAGUGCAUCCCGGCCCGCGAGGGCGGACGAGAAAACGAACGUUUCGCUGCCGAUGCAAAAGGAUUCGUGUGGCGCCUCACGUCAUCCUUGGCGAAGUUCUUCGGCGCGGCUGAAGACGCACAGUCUCUCGCGCUACUCGGCCAUAUACGCCAUCGAGGAGUGCUUACAGGCGGCGCAGUCGGCAAAGCAGCGUCGCGCUCGACGCACCUUGUACGGCGCAGCAGCACCAUCAACUGUGAAGAUGGAUGCCAAGGACGAUUCCGCAUCAGAUGACGAAGGAAAAGACGGGCGAAGCAUCGGCGGCGGCGAUGCCCUUUCUAAGUUCCUGUUAUCAAACGGUAUCGACAGCAGCGUUGAUGACGACCUGCUUACGGCCUUGCAAGACACCGGUCGUCCGACGGUGCGGUCCAUUUACUUCGAAGUGCAUCUCUCUUUGAAUUAUCUUCUCGCUAUCCACGACGCAGCCUCCGCCGUUUCGUUGUUUGCAUCGGACUCGACAAAGCAAGCCAUCCCGGUGAACAGCGUUGUGGUAGGUUUGUGUGAUGACGCAGUGGCCGCCACCGCGAACGGGUGCACGCGUGGACCGCACCAGCCGUUUCCGGUAGCACACCUCGGCCACACAUGCGACCCGAUGUAUGCAAAGACCGCGUCGGCAGGCAUGACGGCGGCGCCACAAGGCUCCGCUGGAGUGUCGGUGUCCGUCGUGGCUCGGCACCCCGCGUCGGCAUCCUCUCGUGAGUCGGAUGGUAGGGUUUCUGCAGCAGAGGUGGUGUAUCUCGCUGUCUGGCAGCACCAGGACAAUUCCGUAGCACCCGUCUCAUCGGAGGAGGGCAUUCCAGUCUACCUGCGUAUGGAAGUGCCGCUGCUCGGUGGUGCUGCAGUGGCGAGGGAAGCAGGUCCAACGAGUCCAGAUGACGACGUCGACGCAGAGGAGGACCCCACUGGCGCCCCCAGCGACGUGGGCAGCAAUGAAGCCGCUCAGCAGUGCACUCCCGCCACCACAUUUCUGCCUACCCUUACGCUCGCCUCACCGCAAGAUGUCCGAAAGGCGGCAGAAGCAAUCGGUACAGUUAAGGCGCCACAAAGCGGUGCAAUGCUCAACUUGGAAACUCCACUGCUGACUGCUGUCCCUGCCACGGUGGUGAUGGGACUGCUCUAUACCCCCUCUAACGACUCGCUACGGCUGCGCCUCAACAACUACGUCUACCCCGGUGAACUGAAGUUCGGCAUGGCCGCCCCUCCCUCGGCAGCGGACCCGCACGCUCGCAAGACCCGCCGCAUUCCGGCACGCAUGUACCCCGCGGCGACCCUGUCGCUGGAUGAACGUGGUUGGGAGCGGUGGUACACCCACCAAACCAUGACGUGGACUCGUGCGCGUCAGCAGCGCUCUGGGGCCGUCACAAACGGCAGCGCCGGCAGCUCCCCGACAGGAGUAGUUGCGGAGUACGGCGGUCCGCUCGCCACGCACGCGGUGUCCAACGCGGUGGUUCGAUUUGCCUUCGAGCCGGUCCACCUGCUCUACGGUCCGCCGCUCCCUGUGCCAACGAUGCGCAAGGUCCCCUCACGUGCUGCAGCGCAGAAGCCAGCAUCGGGGUCGUACCGUCGCCUUCACGGUGGGCACGUCAGCCUGUUAGACACCUCCUGCAAAUUUACGCAGAUGCUGCAGGUGCUGACCAACGUUGCCGCCCUCGCGGGCCUCAAGUCCAGUCAGCGUCUGCAGCAGCAGCAACACCAGCCGCCAGACGUCACUGUAUCGGCUAACCAUCGCGACGGAGGACUUCCGGAGGCCGGCGAAUCCGGUUUUGCGAAGUCAACCGCGACCACGUCCACCAUGCCGUUCUUCGGCUCACGCGACCGCCGUGUGCGCGACGCGCUCUCGCGUGUGCAGGAGCUGCUGAGCGCGCCGGCCGCGGAGGGCGCCGUAUUCUACCCGCCGCUGCGCGUCUACCGACACAGCAGCCACUGCCCGCCACAGGAGCUGUAUCCCUUACCCCCGGCACGAAAGCUGGGCGAGGGAGAGGAGGAAGCGGUGGACGCAGGAUCGAAGGAGGACCGAGCGCGGAAGGCAGGUGCAGCGACACCCGGCGCGCCGCCACCGAUGCGGCGUCAGCUUGGCGCAAGGCCGAACACGCAGGCUUCUCUCACCGCCGCCGCCGCCACGGCCCACCUUUACUGGUUUGAGGUGAUUCCUGAAAGCGCCCGUCUGACGCCGCUCUGCGCAGCGCUGGCGUCGCGCCAGCCGGCGAUGGCGUAUGCAAUUUGCACACAUCCCCUCAUGUCCUUCUGUGACGCGGGCAGCGACGGCCAAAAUUGUCUGCAGCGGCAGCAGCGUCGCACGGCGUUGUACGCCGCCUGCGCGCUGGGCUACGUCGACGUGCUGGCGGUCCUUCUAGAGCGCACUCCCGUGGAGGAACUUCUUUCGUAUUUCGGCCUCAUCAUCGAAGGCGAGACGCGCGCCGCACUGCAGCAAAGCUACUCCAAGGCAGAGGCACUCUUCUUACGCAACUAUCGCCUCAAUACGCUGAGCGAACCGUCAAACUUGCCGUCGAAUUUGCAGUCGCGCGAGACGCGGAGAGAUGGCGGCCGUCUUGGCGUACGUCAUCGUAACUCAUCCUCUGCGGCACGGAUGUAUGGCACCAACGAGUGUCAGCGCACGCUGCUCGACGUCUCCUCCAUCUACUCCACCACGCGCUCCCUCUACACUCCGCUUCACGUGGCGUUGCUCGGCGUCGUACGCGAGAGCGAUGACGGAGAGGAAGACAGCAGCGACUCGGAGGACGACCCUGACGAUGAGGAACAAUGCCGUCUGAAUGAAUUUUUGAGCGCAACCGCAGUGCCUUCUGCCUGUGCGCAGGCCGAGCGCGGGCUGCGGCGCCAAACGGCGUGCGCAACGCUGCUGCUCAACUUCCUCUAUGACCUUCUGCUAAUGACGCCGAGUACUGCCGCGACAGGCGCCAGUGGUGGUGGUGGUGGUGGUGGUCACUCUAUCAACUCAGCAGGAAAACCUGCUGCUGCAGACUCUGCCAGAUCCGCUUCACCCGGCGGCAAGGGCGUUCCAACAGAAGCCCACAGCAUGCAUGAGAGUGCCGGGCCGGCAGCGCAGAAGCGCUUUACCGCGGCUGGCGCAGAGCUUCUUGUCAGCGCGCUAAACCUACAGAGCCGUGCUGGAGAGACAGCGCUCCUCCUCGCCGUCCGCCACAACAACUGCCGUAUUGCCAUCCGUCUGCUCAAGCUGGGUGCCCACGCCGCCUCCAUGGACCGCGUAACGCAUCUCUUUCCUCUGGAGCUGGCCUGUGCAAACCGCUGCAGUCCGAUGGCCGAGGCGCUGCUCAGCGGUCGGUCGAACCCUUACCUGACCUCCCCCGUUCUGCUCAACCACGCUGGCAUCGCGACGGCGUUGUGCUGGUGCGCUAUCAACAACAUGCACGCGGUGCUGCAGCUGCUGCUGCGGUGUAGCGGCGUUGAUGUGAACAUCGGCUUUGAGGGCAGCACGCCGCUGCAUCUGGCCAUCACCUUUGGCAGCGAGGAGGCGGCGUUGGCGUUGCUGCGCGGGACGCAGCCGAAGACGGUGGUUGGCGCAGCCGCUGACGGCGCAGACGGAGCAGACCGACGCACGUCGCGCCGCCUUACCUAUGACAACCGAAGUGGAGACCGCACACGAAAUUGUACUCGUGAAGGCGCAGGUGGGGAGCAGCACAGAAGGGUGUCACCGCGUUCACAAACCAACGCAGUCGCACCUUUUGCGCACCUUAGUGGCCGCGCUUGUGACGACGACGAUGACGACGACGACUGCAUCACUACCAUACAUGAAAAGCCCUUUAUGGAUGUGAAUAUACCGCAUGAGCGUACCCGUUGCACUGCAUUGCACCUCGCCUGCGAACGCGGUGAGCUGCGCGUCAUUCGCGCUCUUCUGCAGCAGUGGCACGCGCAGCUUAACACCCCUGCUGCCAACACAAGCUACACACCGCUGCUGUCUGCGCUGGCCAACGGACGAGAGGACGCUGCGCUGCGUGUGCUGGAGUACAGCAAGGAUGAGCUGCGCCGCGGACACGCGGUACUCGACUUAACCGCGAUCGACCAGAACGGCGACACCGCGCUUCACCUCGCCGCCCGUCGUGGUUUGGUGAUGGCGAUAGAAUACAUGCUCGUGCAAUUCAGUGAGGAGGAAGUAACGAGGCUGUCGCAGCUGCACCCGCAGCUGCGCACCUCACCUGCCUUCCUGACUGCAACGUGUAUGGUUCCGCUGUACGCGGUGAACAAGCAAGGCAAGUCGGCGCUGCUGGUGGCCAUCCAGUACGAUCAGGAGGGCGCCGCGGAGGUGCUGGUCAGCACGCUGAUGGAUCGCCAAGGUGACGAGGUCAGCAACGGUGUUCGAGAGAGCGAUACUGCAGGAAAAGAAGACGAGGAGGAGGCGGAGACGGAGGGCACCCAAGCUCCCUCAGAAAGUACCGCGCCGUCUGUUGGCGUGGCCUCGUUGUUUGGUGGUCCGUUAAUUGAUGAGACGUGUAUGGCGCUGCACCAAGCACUGAAGAAGCGGUUGUACACCGUCGUCGACCUCAUGCUCUCCGCGCAGUCGGCGGCCUUCUACUUUCCUGCGUCGCAUGCGUUUCGCGAGGCGGUGCAGCAGCACGCCGUGGAGCGUCGCGGCCACGGCUUCCGAAGGGCACGGAUUGGCGGUGCGAAGAAUAGCGACGAGGACGACGUUCACGAGAAGGAUCACGAUCACGAUCAUCACCCGGACGCCAAAGCUGUCGCAACGAGACGUGCUUCUGGACAGAACCGCAGCUCCUUUGUACGCCUUCUUCUAACGCGUGCCGCCGCCCCCACCAUCUCGCCCAGCGGUGCCCUGCACCUCUUGUUCGGCGGCUUCAUCCUGCCUGAGUUGUGCGUCUACCUGAGCGAUGUGGCCGCGGAAAGUGCGGUGCUGGGCGUGCAGAACGGCACGGCUAUGGCGUACGCGGAGCUCCUUUUGGGAUACCUGCAGGAGCACGUCGGCCUCAUCGUGGCUCCCACCCGCGUCGUGGGCUUUUGCCGGGACGUCUGGGGCUGCCUGCAAGCGUGGAUGCGAGAAACAGCAGCGCAGUGUCAACAAAGGCAGCGGCAACGGCAGGCGAAUGAGGGCAAAGCGAGGCCGAAAAAGAGCUUUGUGAGCUUCUCAGAAGAUCCGGCAAAGGUGGAAUGGGGAACAGCCUCUUCGGCUGCGGUGGCGCACAAGCAAGGCGGAGUGAAAGAAGACAAGUCGGAGCUGCCGAUGGUGUGGCUCUGUCGUGCGCUGCUGCCCUCCACCUCUACCGCCCGAGGAGCAAAGACACCUGCCAGCAAUGUUGGCGAUACCCCGGAGAGAGGCAACAACGACGAAGCGAAAACGUCAGCAGAGGCAGAAGUCAAGAAGUACGGCGAGGCCCUGCGCACCGCGCUGAAUCUCAAAUCACUGAGUCUCGAUAUGGCGCGUGUCAUCCGCCUCUAUGGCAGCACGGCAGGCGGAGCGCGCGCCAUCGAAGAGAUGGAGGGGCUCGUGCGCGCGUACGUCACGUCGAGGGCAAACGCACGGGCACGGCAGAUGCGGCGGCCGCGGGCAACGAUGACGACGACCAAAAGCAGCAGAGCGCCUUCCGUACUCGCGCCCCACACGGUGUCGUCGCCGAAGAAGCACGGCGCGGGCGACGAAAACGUAGAAAACGACGCCUUCGACACCACCGUUACGAUGAGCACGAUGGAAGGGAGCAUGGCCAGUGCGGCCGGCAUGAUCGCCACGAACGAGGCGGAUGUGUACAAGGAACUCGUGGGCAACGAGAUGCUCUUCACCACCCCGAUCGGCUUUACGGUCCUGCAGCUUGCUACCGCCCUCGGCCUGUCGGAGGUGACGGCAUAUCUUGUGGAGAAGUACAAGCUGGACUCCCUUUACGCUCCUGCGCAAGACCUCUACGCGGAGGUGGAGGCAGACUCGUCAGCGGACGGUGGACGACGCCUGAGCCCUAGCAACGGCGUGAGCAACGCGACGGGGGUGACAAGAGGAAGUGUUGACACGCACGCCGGCGUGGCCGCUGCGAUCACCACCUCCCGCCGUGAGGAGGAAGAAGAGCGCCUGCGCGUGAUAAAUGGCUACACGGUGCGCGCCAUGGCGAGACUCGACAUGGUAUCCAUAUUCGCCACAACAGCAGCGGCGGGCACGCCAACGUCCGCCGCGCGUUCCGCUCGUCGAGCGUCGCACUUGCCGGGCGGAGAGGAAAGGGGCGACGGGGAAGACUGGGAGAAAAGGGGCAGCGGCGCAGCUGGCAGCAGAACGUGGUUUUAUCGGACUCCGUACCGUCUGGCGGUUCGCACAGGGAACGUCCACCUCGUACGCACGCUGCUCUGCACCACCGCAAGCGCGGAGCAACUCGAUCGCCCGCCCAGCAACAAGAGCACCACACGUUUGUUAGACAAACAGGAUAGCAAGGAAGCGGAGGAAGAGGAGGAAGAUGGGGACACAAAACGGGCAAGGACACCUUUCCGAUGUCCUCGUCAGAGUCGACUUGUGGAUUUCAAAGAACCGAGGUGGGUCGAUCCUUUCCAGCGGACGGCGCUGCAGGAACGGAUCGCAGUGAUAACAAGUGCUGCCCCCGCCACGAGCAGCAACAGCGGCAGCAGCGACACCGGUGGCGGUAGCAGCGGCAACGCCGGGUCAGCGCUUGGUCCCACGGGUGCUUUGGCUUUCGAGGCAUCCUCUCAUAACCGAAUGACGUCGACGCAGACGGCGGCGGCAGACAUGGUUGUCCUUCUGCUUCGCCAUGGCGCACAGCCGAACGGUCUCUUCGACAGCACCGGCCGCGAUGCGUGGAUGCUAGCCUUGACAGGCGGCGAAGCGGACGGAUUCUUGCGCACUGCUGCGGCUGCUCCUGCGGUGAGCGGGGAAGGUGGGAAAGGAGACGGAACCGGUGAAGUGCCUUUGGCCCCCUUCGGCGGAUCUGGUGUGGAAAGCUGUUUGAAUUUGCUCCUCCGCUUCCGCACCCCACUUCUUGGUCGAGCUCCGGCUGUGGCCGGCGAAUCGAAGCGGAGGGAAGACGCACUGAGCGGGGCAGGCAGCGCAGGCGCGGCGUUCGACGAGCAACUCCUUCGGCACAGUACCUCGCUGUUGUGGAGGUGGAAGCAGCUGGCGUGCAUGCGUGCUAGCACCAAUAGCGCGACUCGCGAGAAGUUUGCUGCGAUGAAGCGUCAAUGCGCAACGGCAGAAGGCGCGGCAGCCGUACCCUUGCCGGUGGAGGCUGGAAGUGGCACGGAGGUCGACGAGGGCGGUUUUGUAUUUGAUGCCGCCGAAAGACUCUGCGAGCAUUAUCGAGCCGUGGUGCAGGACAGCGCAAAUGGACCGCCGUCCCUCCACGCGCCGCACCAACUGCAAGGCAGCCUCUCCCUCAGCAACCUCAACCAGACGACACUCGCCGCCUUCGUUACGUUUGAGCAGACUGACGCGGACGUCAACAGCAGCAACGGCAGUGGCGGGGCCGCAGCGGCGCUCCUCUCGCCCGACCAGACGAUCCACUCCUCGCUGGUGUUGCGCGACGAGGACCAUCCAUCGAACGUCGGCAGCCCGGACGCACCAUCUUCAGGGAGUGCCAGCUGCAAGGAGAAGCUCAUCGCCGCGCUGCGCCUGUGCUACCGGAUCGUGCUGCUCUACCUGUGCGUCGACCACGCCCCGCAGCAGUUGACGCGCCUUCUGCAGGCCUACACGCUGGGUGUGAUCCCGGUGCGGGCACACCACCCCUACAGCGGUGACACUGUCAUCACUCGGCUCCUGCGAAAGGCACGGGAGCGCCUGCUCACUUGUGGUUCUACGCCGACAGAGGACGAGGUGGAUGGAAUGAUGAGUCGCGUGGUGGACGACGCGAACAGGCUGAACCUGAGCUGGCGCACCGAUCACACCCACAAAAGCAGCGCCGCGUCGGCCGCAGGGGCGACGCCGCCGAGCACGGUGACCGAGUCGCGCCAACGCACCUACUGUGACCCGACGGAUGACCCCGGCGCGUCGAUUCUCAUUCACACGUCCCUCGCGCUUAUUCGGUUGCUGCCGCGACUGGACAACGCCGCCGCUCGGUCGUCCGACUGUUCCAUGUUGCAGUCCAUUCUUUUCCAGCCGUCUUUCGACGAUGAGACGGCGCUCUCCCUCGCGGCCCUCCUCGGCCACGUCCCGCUCAUCUCGUCGAUCGUGCAAAGCGCGGCGUCGCCCUCCAUGUUGGAGGAGAUCGCCAGUGCGAAGAUCGAUUGGAGUAGCAAACCAAGCAGUCGGUCCGCGCCGCGCCACAUCUCACGCGAGCAGCGGGAGGGGUCACCACAGACGAUGGGGCCCAACACUGUGUCCUUCACUACCACCAGCGUCGCCGUACCGUCGUCGCUGACGUCUACCCUCUCCGCCAAUCUGAGAAGCACCGUCGUGCGCGUGAUGCUCGCCACUCGCGUGUAUUACCCGGCGCAUGAGAUCACCACCGUGCGCAUUCUGCUGCACUGCAUGCCCGACGAGGAAGCGCGUCUCGCCUUCCUGCGGUGGGUCUACCCGAACAUGCACCCCUUGCCGGCGCUGCAGCUGGCCAUGGACCACGUCGACGUUGCCGCUCACUUUCUGACCACCUCUGAUGGCAUGAACGCACUGUGGACGAACCUGCUGUACGCGCAAUUUACCCGGCAGCUGGACACCGCCGUGCACGCCUCCUCAAAGGCGUGGAACGCGCUGCUGAAGGUGGUGCUGCCUGGCGCGCCAGCCGUGCCGAUCUAUCUCGUGAUGCGCGGUGCUCUUCGAGCAAGGCACGGGGCGGCGGAUAGACGGACGUUGUGCGAGGUGGACACACGCGUGGCACCCGCCGCGUCUGCGCGGUCGAUCACGGGCGCAGCGCAGCGGCGGAACCCGCGUAGCACUUCCAAACAAGCGGAGCUGGCCAACUGGUCCUACCUGGCACGGCGCACCACGAUCUUUUUGCAGCUCAUGUCCGUGUCGGUCGCGGAGUCGCUGAUAAGCAGGACGAGCGGCCCCACCGCGUCUGGAUUCUCGGCGGCGACCACCACCACAUCGCAUCCGCCAAUCAAGGGAGGAAGUGCAGGGAAUGGUGAAGGAGGGGCGAAGCGUGCAACGAAAGCGGCUCCGCACGACGUGAAGGACGAGGCCAAAGGAAGCGCUGGUGGCGGUAAUACAGCCACGGCAAAAGGCGCCAUUCGAAGAACCUCCCUCGCUCCUGCCACGACGACUGAGCCUACCUCGCGUGGUCUCGCUGGCACGCUGCUCCUCGACACGCUGGAGCUGGCGGUUCGUUACGAUGACAAGGAUGUUUUGUCUCUCCUCAUGCAACUACGCCUGCCGGAGGUGGUGAUCAAAUACAUUCAACUCGUACAGCAGCAGCAGCAACAGCAACAGCAGCAGCAACAACAGCAGGCCGCCACCGGAUCGACCUUCCCUGGGUCCCAUGCACCAACGACGGUCAGCGUGCGCGCGAUUGAGGCAGCGAGUGCGACAAUAAACAGCAGUUACCCAUCCUUCUCCGGUGUGCGCUCUGUCGCGCAGGCGGGCACGAUCGUUGAGCGACUGCAGCGACUGCUGUGGCGGGAAGUAAUUCAAGAACGACAUCUCGACCUCAUCGCUGUUAUUGCCGGCUCGGCGCGGACGCUGCGCAGCCUCUACACGUUUCGUCAGGCGGAGGUAGCGGGACUGCUGUCGCCCAUGCGGUACGACCGAGUUGAUGCGAAGACCGGCAACCCAGAGGGCGUAGUCACCGCCUUGUCGCCGUCGCUGCGUGCGCCUGCGUUCUCUCCGCUGACAUCGCCCAAAGUAGACCCCGCCGGCGUGUCGGUCAGCGCCUUCACUUCCGCCAUCGAACAGCCCAACGCGACUGCCGCCGGCGUCAAGAACGGGAAGCGCUUCCAGAGUACGGCGGCAGUGCAUGGAGGUGGAGGGGGAGAGGGAGGGAGUCACGAGCUGACGCCGAGCUCAACGCCGCCGCUGACGCGGAAGGCCACGCCGGGCUUGCCGGAUCAGCUGGAGGCAGAGGAAGUGGAGCGAUUUACAGAGAUUUGCUUACAGGGCGGUCGGCUCGCCCCACGUGAGGAGCGGCGGCAGCGCGUGACGGCGGUGACGUGGGGCAUUGGCGGGGCAUCGUGCCCGGUGGAGCUGUCUUCCAGUCGGUUAAGAUCCACCUCUGCCUCUGUGGUCGCCGUCUCGGAUGCGGAGUCGGCAGCUGCGGUGGCGGAGGAGGAGAAAGAAGCUGACGCGGAAAAGCAGCGGCAGCAGAAACCUGCUGGUUCGGUAAAGCCCGCCGCAUUCCCGUCGCCGUCGCCGAUCCUCUCGCCCCUGCUGCCUCCGCGGACCUCGCUGAACAGUCUGACUCCGCCGCGGUUGCCCCCUGCACUCUUUAUCCCAAAGGACGAGUCGGCCGACAGGGGAGGUGGCACGCGGCAGGCCUCCAAACUGAUCCCGCCCAACGCGCCACAGUACGCACCCGGCAGCGUGGCUGUCUCCGCCGGGGGUCAGCAACAGCAGCGGCAGCGCACUCGAAGGACUGUCACCAUGACUCAAAGUGACAAGGAAGCUUCACGAGCGCAGGUGCUGACGCUGCACCUGCCGGUGAUGCAGUCCACCGUCACCACUCCACCUCCGCCCGUUGCCAACCCCGCCUACUUCAUGUACCUGCAGCUGGAUUGGGCGAUGUUCUCUACCCUUCUCCUGCAGUCUCCCCAGCCGUCCACCGCCACCGUCGACACGAUUUUGUAUCUGAUGGAGCACCGGUGUGCGCUCUCGGUGCCGGUGCUGGAUCUCUUCCUCUCCGGCCUGACCGUGACCGCCUCGCGCUUCGUCUUCGAUGCCUCUUCGCCUGCUCCUUCCUUUGAAGGUGCGGACUCAACGCGGCAGCGCAGCUCCAGCAAGGCUGGCGACAGCACGCAGACGAUCUCCGUGGAACUCUCGCUACGCUACCGGACCCGACAGCAUCGUGACACGCUUCUCCACCUCCUGGUCCUGCAUGAUCAGUGUCAGCUCGCGGAGUACUACCUCGAGUACUGUCAUCUCUUCGUUGUCUCGCACCAGAUCGACCCAGAGCCGAAGAACGGGCAGCCAGGGCGGUUCCCGAUUCACGAGAGGUUGCCGCAGCGCGGUAGCGCAGGGUGCAAGGACGAUGUAAAAGACACGAACAACGGCAAGAGCCGAUCAGCGAAAGCCCCCUUUCCCAGUAUUCCGGUCGCCUUCCUCCGCCUGAUGCUGCGCGUCAACGCACACGGUCUCACCGCCUUUGACUACGCGCGCAGUCCGGCGAUGCUGCAGCUGCUGGAGUGGUACGGCUGUGUGCCGCCGACCUAUCGACCCAACCCGCGUCUCUUCCGGCAGGUGUUGAGCAGCAGCGACGUCAACCGCCGCCCCCGUGGUGAUGGCCACGAGGCCGAGGUGCCGGGGGAAGUCGCAGGAUGGGCAUUCAUCGCGGACGACGACGAGAAUGGUGAAGAGAACAACAGCUUCAGCGACGACAGUGACGGACAGGACGACGGCGGAAACACACGCAAUGGGAAGGCGCUGCUGUCAACCGGAGAGGCGGACCACGUGCCCCGGUUCAAAAAGAAAAAGAAGCGCCGGCUUCUGCAGUUCUUCCCCGUCCCACGUUUGGUGCUCGCGUCGGAGAGCUUCAUGACGCUACUGGACCCGACCGGUGCAGAGCUCGCAAGCGUCGCACCACAAGCCUUAGCAGCGAACGCCGCUGCCGUCGUGGCACGCGAGAAGGUUGACGAGGGGGAGGACGGCGGAGAAGGCUCCAAGGGCGCAGCGCAGGCCCGGCGAGCAAGCCGGCAGCAGCUGAAGGCAAACCGUCAACUCACUGCGCUCGUCACCGCAGAAAAGAAGCAGUUGCAGCUCACACAGCGCCGUCGUGAACAGCAGGAUUUGGCAAAGGCGUUGUUGUUUGACCAGGUCGCCGUGCAACCACUUAUCAUCGCGAAGCAAAGCGCCACCGGCAACAACGCGAACAACAAAGGCGGAAGGUUCAGCUCAUUUGUGACGUCAACCACAGCAGCGGCAGCACCGUCAUCCUCACCGACGCGUGGUCGUGGCCCGGCGAACCCACCGUACCUCUCACGCGCCGCCACGGCAACCCUCCGUGAACGGUGGGACGCGCAGCGCCACCCCUACGUGAGUGAGAACAUGCUGUGGCACAACGCACUCGAGGCGCAGCGACAGUCCUCUCUUUCUUCGUCUGCUACGCGUCUCAGCGGCGGUGGCCACCGAGUGAGCCGCGGCGACGGCCGCAAAGGCGGCCCCAGUGGUAUGUUGCCCAUCUUGUUGAAUGAGGAGGUGAGUCUCCUGCACUUGGGGCUGUGCCAGUUCGAUGACGAGCUGGUGAGCCUGUACGGGGAGCUGCACGCGUCCUCUUCGACACAACUCCCGCAGCACCACCUCGACGCGCAAGGAGGCGCCACUGCGGACGACCUUGAUGGACGCGAGGCAACCGCGGGAAAAAACGAUGACUCCACGGAGCGCCCGGCGGCCGCAGCACACGCCCCGCUCAGUGCGUAUAGUCGGAUGCUUCUACCGCCCGUCCUGACAGGGAGCGUGGUGCAGCACGAUCAGCAAGAACAGCCGCAGCAGAGCAGCGGUGGUGUACCCUUUAAGGGCCACGAUCAAAAGAAGGGGAAGCCUGGCGGGCACGCGCCGAAUCUGUCGACGAGCGUGUUUGCGUUGCCGACCACGGGGACGAAUGGGUUACGGACAGCUAGUCGUGUCGACCGCACGUCAUCUGCUGCAUCUGCGUUGCAGCCACCGCUACCACCGCGGCUGUCGCAUGCGGAUAUCAUCUUUUUGCUGGAGUGUCAGCAAUUCGUUGUGUUUCCACUCGCCUUGCCAAGCGCGUACGACGACGACUUUCCUUUCGACGACAACAGCAGCACCCGCAGUAGUACGAGUGGGCAGGAGAGGGAGGGCAGCACCGUGGGGCGUGGGACUCGCCGUAGCACCGCGCGGGAACUGGAGGAGCAACGUGCCGGUGUUAUUGGAAUGGGCCCGCACGCACGGAUCGAUACGAACGCCGUGAUUGAUCGUUGCACCGGUGGCGUCGGCAACCGUGGCGCUACUCGUCGCCGCAGCCGCGCUGCUUCUUCGUCGUUCAUCAGCGUUGACGCCUAUCGUCCGUCAUCCCCUGCACGGAAUCGGGCAGAGACACAGAGAAACUCCGCCACGGAUGUCCCCCUGUUGCGCACUCUCCUUGCGCGUCAGACAGCCACGAUGUACGACCUUGUCGACGUCGCCCCGCACCGCUACGACACCGCCCUGCUCGUCUCCCUCACGCCCAUGCAGCUGGCCGGGGCCGCCGGGCACGGUGGACGUGGCGAGGCUGCCGCGACGAUGCGCGCCCUGACGGAGCGGCUCAUGAACACGCAGUUUAAGCAGUUCGGUAGCCGGCUCGUGCCCACGUCAGGGACCGGGUCAUCGUCUUCGGUCCCACCGACCGUGGAGACCGUUGCCCUGCUGCACGUCCCACCAUUUGUGAUGAAUGACACUGCAGCGCCGUUGGCGUUGUCGUACCGCACGGGGCAUGAGGAGUCCACCAGCGUGUGGGACGCCGCCACGGCUGCCGCCGCAGGAACAGGAGCUUCGGUGACCUCGACCGCGCCCGCGAACUUUCCAACGGCCAUGGCGGCCCGCUUGGAGGAGUGGGUCGCGCGUCGCUGGCCCACGCAGCGCAAGUUUACAGCCAAGCUGACGCCAGCAAAUAAGUCGGCUGCCGCCGCUGCUAACGCGGGCACAUCGGACGUGCGUGCGCCGUCUCUCACGCUGCCGUUGCCGCCAUCGACCUCGGCGGGGGGUGGGGAGGCGGGAACGACGGACGCGGAGAGUCCACUGCUGCCGCCGCCAACAGUGUUGGAUCGCGUGACCCCCGUCGGCGGCGUAGCGACAACGGCGCAGCAGACGCUCAUGCGAAUCCUGCUGAAGCGCUUCUCUGCCGCGACGGGUGCGCAGCUGUCGGAGCAGAUGGGCUUGUUGAUUGCACCAAACUACGACGUCGACGAUGUCGGCGAUGUCGCGGCGGCGCAGCGAAGUAUGACCGCGAAGGACAGCGCUCUGGCACCAAAGAAACGUCGUUAG